AUGCGGUGUCUUACAGCAACCUGUAUUUUACUCCUGACGGUAAUGGAAUUGAAAGGCCUAUGUCAAAGUUUCGAGACGCAUUUCUAUGGUGAUUCUAGCGAUCAGCUUUUUGGUUAUUCUUUUAGAGUUUCGGAUACUACGUAUGGGGUUAUCGAACAGACUGGAGCACGGAAGCCAACGAUGAUUCCUGACAAAGAGCAGCUUGUUAUCCAGGAAGGAGCGGAGUUGAGAAUAUCCUGUCAGGGCGAUAGUCCUAUUCAGUUUUCUACCAUGGACCUGUCAGGAUAUGCAUACUCUCAGCAAUCGAAUCAUACUAUCGUUGUCGAUAACAAUACUCACGAGUAUACCUUCAUUGUACCUCGUGCCACGGCAGUGGAUACCGGUUGGUACGCUUGUUCCGAGGAAGGGAUGACGAUUAUCAAUGACGAGCAAACCAUCAAUCGUUCGAGCGAAAAUGUUAAUUGGAUUUAUGUCUACGUCAAUUCAUUCAUUAAGAUUCGUUCGCUCGAUUCUCGAAUCUAUAACACUCAAUUAACAGUAGUCAUAUGGAUAUAUAUAUAUGUACUCUUUUCAGCCGCGAACCGAUCAUUUGCUACUGAUUUGGGCUAUACGAUAAUCAGAUUGCCUGGAAGUUCCUUCGUCGUACCAUGUCGGCCAACAGCGGAAGAUCUGAAGCCAAAACUUCUGUUCAAUUAUCAGGAAGACGAUUCGGAACUAGACAAUUUCAAAUUCGAUUCGAAAAUAGGAUUCAUCAAAGAUGACGUCAACGUUAAUGACGCUGGCGUUUACAAUUGUAUACUUCCGUUUUCCAAUAAUCCCGAAAAAGUCGAAGAACUGGAUUACGAAUUGGAUCUAGAUUUAGACGAUUUACAGCCUCCGUUCUUCGAUGAUAACGAACUUCGUCACUUGGUCUGGGGAAGAAACCAGACUAUCACCUGCCACAUCAGUUUUGAAACUCCCGACUCGUAUCGGGAACCCUAUAGCGUGGAGUGGACAGUUCCGAGUUCAGUACCAGAAACAAGAUUGGUUCGCACGCAUCCUACUCGUGACAGUAGUCAAUUGACAAUAAUAGAUGUUCAAGAAAGUGAUAGCGGGGUAUAUAAUUGCACCGUGAGGAAAAUGGGAAAGCAAGAAAGCGUAGGGAGAAACGUUCAAUUUCAUGAUCCUAAUCGUCCGCAUCUCAAGGUAAUCGAAUCUAGUGAGAAUGCGUCAUUUAUACAUGUUACCGAAAAAUCAACGGCAAUUUGGGCGAUAGAUAUUGACACGUAUCCCAAAGCAACAGUGACAUGGUUCUCUAAGGAUAAAACGGAAAUCACCAAUACCAGCAAGUACUCGCAUGCUGUACAUGGAUUACGUCACGUGUUCCAAAUAUCCGAUGUAAGAAUUGCUGACGCUGGCGUAUACACCAUCCACAUUGACACUUCGAACCAAACUAGAGACCAUGAACUUCUAUUAGUGGUUCAAGCCGCACCGGUGGCUCGCAUCGUCGAAGCUUCGUCAUAUUAUGCAGUGGGAGAAUCCGCAAGAUUUUCUUGUCACAUAUCAGGUUCACCGUUACCGAAUGUAACGUGGAGUUAUUUGGAAUACCCUGAUUUUCCAUCGAAGAGUAUCUCCAAUCGUCCAAAUUUUUUGGAACUCGUAAUGAAAUCUUCCGAAUUUUCCACCGCUGGAUUCAUUUCACAGGUCAACAUAACGAUCAAAAUGGAGGGAGAUCUGAUAUGUAAAAGCUGCAAUAACAUUGGCUGUGUCGAAGAUAGAAAAUCAAUAUUUGUUUCCGACGCAAAUGGAUCUUUCGGCAUAAUUGAUCCAGGCUUCGUUGUGGAAGGCGAUAACAUCGAUCUUACGUGCGGUGCUUCUGUUCACAAUUAUACCGAUGACAUUACAUGGGACGUGAAGAACGCUUCUAGAAACGAAAGCAUGAUAAUCAAUAAACGGAAGACGAACUUUACGUUUCAGUCAAUUCUUAAAAUAGAAAAUGUGCUGAAAUCGGAUUCAGGAGAUUAUUUCUGCAAAGCCGUAAAUAAGAAUAAUCAGGAAGAAACGAUUGCAUAUCGUUUGUCGGUACUGGACGCGCAAGUGCCGUCAAUCAUUGAAUCGAAUAUGAAUAAUUCUCAAAUUAUAAUCGAUCUGGGAAAGGAUGAGAAGGCUACUCGUAGACUAACUUGUUCUGUCGAAGGAAUGCCGUUUCCAGAAAUAACGUGGCUCAAGAACGGUGAAAGGCUUGAAAAUAACGAACAGUACGCCAUUUCGUUCAACAAGUCUGAGCUGCACAUAAAAUACUUCUUUAGUACUGACGGUGGAAAUUACUCCUGCCGAGCGAAGAGUCGUCUUGGUGUUAGUGAGAAAUCUUUGAGCAUUUUGAUCGAAGAAGCACCUCGUAACAAUGGAAUAUGGAUCGCUUUGAUCUGUGUUCUCAUCGUCGUCAUUGUCGGAGUGGUAAUUUACAUGAGAUUCAAAGUAAAGCGAGAAGAGCGUUUGAAGAAAGAAUAUCGCAACAUCGCACUUUCGCAAAUUCAACAAAGGUCCCCCGAGUUCAAUCUCAAUGACGAAGAUGAGCUGAUACCAGUUUAUCAGGGAAUAGUGCGGCAACAACUCUAA